GUGUGUGUGUGUGUGUGUGUGUGUGCAGGCCUAUGUGUGUGUCUGUGUGGUGAAAUAGGGAGAUAAAAGGACAUACAGACAUUGGGUGAACAUCAGUUUGAAGACUGUGACAUCCUCUACUUCUGUGCGCGAUUAGGAACUAAAUCAGUUACUGUUACGAUGAAGGCCCAUAUUCUGAUGCUGGUCAUGGUGACUACAACAAUGGGUUACAGGGUGCUUGAUCUAUACAAGGCAUGGCCCUUAGACAUAGCACCCAACUCUAUUGAUGACAUCUACUCUUCCUGCACAGAGGAAAUGUCCGAUGGGAUCUCUGGUUAUCUGGCCAAUGACAUGAAUGCAAAUCCUGAUUUUAAAAUAGCAUGGAAAAAUGCAGAGAAGAAUAACAAGCACACAAAUCCAGAAAAUAAUCUGACUGUAAACCAUAUGAUUGCCAUCCGAGUGUACGUCAGCGGGGGACGUUAUGAGAUCUACAACAAGUUUAAUGCAGCUGUGCGUGAGGGCAGGAAUAUUUACAAGACAACCAAGUUCACCUACAAGGCUCUCCACUUCCUGCUGACUGAUGCCCUCAAGCUCCUGAAAGAGAACCAACAGCAGAGAAAGAACCAAAAGCAAAAAGAGAACCGAAUCCAGAAAGAGAACCAAAAGCAGUGCAUGACCACCUACCGUAGAACCAAUGUGGACUUUGACACAAAUGUCAAGGAGAUCCGAUUCGGAAGCUUCACAUCGACCUCUCUCAGUAAAGAUCUCGACCGUUUUGGUGAUAAGUCCUGUUUCCAAAUAUAUACCUGUCAUGGUGCUGCUCUGGGGAAUUACUCACAUUUGCCUAAAGAGGAAGAGGUGUUGAUCCCACCUUAUGAGAAAUUUAGAGUUGUGAGGGAUAAAAGAAACGCAUGGUGUCGUGAAGUGUACAAGCUGACCAGCACUGGUAUCCUUAGUAAUUUGGAUUGUGCACUAUAUAAGACACUGUAUGCGUAGGGCAAUGUAAGAUUAAUGCUUUCUCAUUUAAUAGAAACAUGUGGCUGUUGAAUUGAUGACCCAUACAGAGCUUUGAAAAUAAAAUUAUAUUUUUGAUCCAA